GUUGAUGGUAGAUUCAGACUCGGAGAUGUCGUGGGCUCUGGUUCAUAUGGGGUUGUAUACCAUGCAAAGAACAUUAUCAAAGAUGACACAGUUGCCAUCAAACUCGAACUCAUUGCCAAUCACUCAUCUUCUGUACAGCAUGAAUACACCAUUUUAAAACGACUUGAAGGUGGAGUUGGAAUACCCCGUGCUCUCUGGUUCAGUAGAGAGUCAGCAUAUCAUGCUUUGGUUCUCGACCUCCUUGGGCCAUCAUUGCACGAUCUUUUCCUCUCACAUAAUCAAAAAUUCAGCCUUCAUACUGUCGUAAAUCUAGGAGACCAGCUGCUCUCAUGUCUUGAGUACAUCCACUCACACAAUUGUGUUCACGGUGAUAUCAAACCACAGAAUGUCUUGGUGGGUCUUGGCCAUUUGAAGCACACCACAUUUAUUAUCGAUUUUGGUAUCGUGAAGGAAUACUGGGACACUGCAACCAAAGUCCAUAUCCCAUUUCAUCAGAAUCAAUGUCUCACUGGCACUCCCACAUUCGCUUCAAUCAAUAAUCACUUACUGGGAGUUGACCUGGGUCGUCGUGAUGAUCUCGAGUCGCUUACAUACAUGUUGAUCUAUUUGUUGCAUGGCUCCCUUCCAUGGUUAACUAGUAACCAUGAGAAGCUCUCUAGCUGUUCUAUACUCGAGCGGAAAGUUAACACCACCAUUGAAGUUUUAUGUGAUGGAAUCCCUGUUGAAUUUGCAAGUAUUCUCAUCUACACACGCUCU